CAAAGUUCAGUAAGUGUAAAAUGGCAAGCAGGCACUGUCGCCGCCUGGGCCCGACUGGCAUUCGGCGGAUUUUGGCGGGCUGUAGGGCAAACUAUUCGCGGCCUGCAGCCUCAUUGAAGCGGGAGUACGAUGCUGUCGUGAUCGGGGCAGGACACAAUGGACUGGUUGCUGCUGCUUAUCUACAAAAGGGAGGGUUGAAAACAGUAGUGCUGGAGAGAAGAUACAUUGUGGGAGGUGCUGCAGUCACUGAAGAAAUUGUCCCAGGCUUUCACUUCUCCAGAGCCUCUUACCUGCUCAGUUUGCUGAGACCCCAGAUUUACACUGAGCUGGAGCUAAAGAAACAUGGCUUAAAAGUGCUUCUACGUGACCCAUACGCCUUCACUCCAAUCCUGGAGGACAGCCAGGGUGGGCAAGUUCCUCGCUCGCUGUUGCUGGGGAACAGCAUGGCUGAGACACAGAAACAGAUUGCCCAGUUCUCCCUAAAGGAUGCCCAGGCUUUUCCCAAGUAUGAGGCGUUCAUGAACCGCUUGGUGACAGCCAUUGACCCUCUACUUGAUAUCUGUCCAAUGGAUGUAGCUGCGCUCACCCGGGGCUCCUUGCGUCAGCGAUUCAGGGCCUUGGUGGGGUUGAGAGGCCUGUUCCGUGCGGGAUUUGCUUUGGGAAAACAACUUCCACAGUAUUAUGAGGUUCUCACAGCUCCCAUUUCCAAGAUUUUGGAUUUCUGGUUUGAAUCAGAGCCCUUAAAAGCAACAUUGGCCACAGAUGCGGUGAUCGGUGCCAUGGCUGGUCCACACACACCAGGCAGUGGGUAUGUUUUGCUGCACCAUGUCAUGGGAGGAUUAGAGGGGCGCAAGGGUGCUUGGGGUUAUGUGUCUGGUGGCAUGGGGGCACUUUCUGGAUCCUUGGCUCGUGCUGCAACUGCACUUGGGGCUGAGAUCUUUACUGAUAAGGCAGUUUCCCAGAUUCUCCUGAGUGCUGAUAAGAAGGUUCAAGGAGUUUGUCUCCAGGAUGGAACUGAAGUGAAGAGCCACUUGGUGCUGUCCAAUGCAUCUCCACAUCAUACCUUUUUGGAGCUGACUCCACAAGAGCAUCUGCCCUUGGAGUUUAUACAAAGAAUCUCACAGUUUGACACACGUUCUCCAGUCACCAAGAUCAAUGUGGCUGUGGAUCGGUUGCCCAAUUUUUUGGCAGUCUCAAACACUACCAGCAAUGACCCCUUGCCUCACCAUCAAUGCUCCAUCCAUCUCAAUUGUGAAAACACUCAUGCCUUGCAACAGGCCUUUGAAGAUGCUUGCAAUGGGAGGCCCUCGAGAAGGCCCAUGAUUGAGAUGUGCAUUCCAUCGGUUUUGGAUCCUACCCUGGCUCCCCCAGGCUGCCAUGUGAUUUCACUUUUUACUCAAUACACCCCCUAUUUGCUUGCCGAAGAAAAACAGUGGGACCCCCGUGACCGUGAGGACUAUGCCAAUCGAGUAUUUGACAGUGUUGAAGCCUAUGCACCUGGGUUCAAGGCAUCCAUCAUUGGCAUAGACGUUUUAACACCUCCAGACCUUGAGCAGAUCUUUGGUCUACCUGGUGGGAAUAUAUUCCAUGGAGCCAUGUCUUUGGAUCAGUUAUAUUUUGCCCGUCCAGUGCCAGCUUACUCCAGUUACCAGUCUCCAAUCCAAGGCCUAUACCUCUGUGGAAGCGGUGCUCAUCCUG